CUUUCAAUUCAUCCCGCAGUUUCCAUAAAAGCCGUUGUUUGUGCCAUAACCUCUCAAUCUUCCGUCGAACCACUGUUUUCGACGUCUCCGACACCGCUACUCAGAAAUCGGCUUCUGAGUUUAGACGCGUCGCAUUAAUCAGCACUUUCCUUUCGCUUUCAUCCUACUCCUAAUACAACUCGCCGCAGUCUCUCAACAUGUCUCACGAGGAAGAUCUCAUUGACUACUCCGAUGAGGAGCUUCAGACCACUGAUGCCGCAGCCACCACUGCCACCCCCGCCGCCAACGGGGGUCAAGCGAAGAAGGACGGCGAAUUGACGGUCACUGGUGGCCGUGCGGAUAAGAAGGGAAGUUAUGUCGGUAUUCAUUCGACCGGUUUCCGCGACUUUUUGCUCAAGGGCGAACUUUUACGUGCUAUCACCGAUUGCGGUUUCGAACAUCCUUCGGAGGUCCAGCAAGUCUGCAUUCCCACUGCAAUUCUCAAUGUCGACGUUCUCUGCCAGGCCAAGUCUGGUCUUGGAAAAACCGCUGUUUUCGUCCUCACCACUCUUCAUCAACUGGAGCCUGUUCCUGGAGAGUGCUCCGUUCUAGUUAUGUGCCACACUCGCGAGUUGGCCUACCAGAUCAAGAACGAAUAUGCUCGAUUCAGCAAGUACCUUCCCGACGUGAAGACUGCUGUUUUCUACGGAGGUACUCCCAUCCAGAAGGAUAUCGAGGUCCUGUCGAACAAGGACACCUUCCCUAACAUCAUCGUCGGUACUCCCGGUCGUCUUAACGCUCUCGUCCGCGACAAGAAGCUCUCUCUCCGCAACGUUAAGGCUUUCGUUCUGGACGAGUGUGACAAAAUGCUCGACCAAAUUGAUAUGCGCCGCGAUGUUCAGGAAAUUUUCCGCGCUACUCCCACCGACAAGCAGGUUAUGAUGUUCAGUGCCACCCUUUCGCAGGACGUUCGACCUAUCUGCAAGAAGUUCAUGAGGAACCCGCUCGAAGUUUACGUCGACGACGACACCAAGCUUACUCUUCACGGUCUGCAGCAAUACUACAUCAAACUCAGUGAGGCAGAAAAGAACAGGAAGCUGAAUGAGCUCCUCGACAGCCUGGAAUUCAACCAGGUCAUCAUCUUCGUCAAGAGCACAAUCCGUGCCAACGAGCUCGACAAGUUACUGCGCGAGUGUAACUUCCCCAGUAUCGCCGUGCACUCUGGUGUUAGCCCAGGAAGAACGUAUCAAGCGCUACAAAGAGUUCAAGGAAUUCAACAAGCGUAUCUGUGUCGCCACAGACGUGUUCGGACGCGGUAUCGAUAUUGAGCGGAUCAACCUUGCCAUCAAUUACGAUCUGCCUGCAGAUGCCGACUCUUACCUGCACCGUGUAGGUCGCGCCGGUCGUUUCGGUACCAAGGGUCUUUCCAUCUCCUUCGUCAGCACUCCGGAGGAUGAGCAGGUCCUGAAGGAUAUCGAGAAGCGAUUCGAAGUCGCUCUUCCUGAGUACCCCGAAGAGGGCGUCGACUCUAGCACCUACAUGGCUUAGACGCUUAAUCAUCCGAUUCUUCAGAGUGCUCACUGCUUCUUUUACUAUCUAUUUCGUCAGUUUGUUUUUGCUUUUGGCGCGAUGGUUCGGCUGUGAUUUGUUGAUGCGCUGGGAAGGGCAUCCGGGACAUCUGGGUCGAAAACUGUACUUGCAAUAAAAUAAAAUCAUUAAAUUAUUUCCCA